AUGGGUGGAAGUGGAACACAAGAUAAUGGUGUGGACCAUGUUAAUGGCGAAGAGAUGGAUUCAAACUCAGCUGUUGCUGCAAUGAAAGAUGCCAUAGAAUGGAAUAUGGAGCUUCUCUUGGACUUCUAUACAAGUUCAACCAAGCAUAAGCCAGACCAAAUUAUCAUCUUCAGGGAUGGUGUGAGCGAGUCGCAGUUCAACCAGGUGUUGAACAUUGAACUGGACCAAAUUAUCGAGUGUAAUGCGAAUUACAGAAGCACUGAAGCUACAGAUGGAGGAAUCCAAAAACUAAACCGACCCUAUCACUCCACCUCCUCCAUCCAUCAUCAAAAGUCAGAAGUUGAUGCUUUGGUAAAUUCAGGUGGUACCCUACAUGACAGAUAUGCCCUUCUUUGGAAUCAACAAAUGGAAAGGAUUGGGCCAAUGAACUCUGAAAUCAAGCAACAAAAGGUUGUAAAGCAUAGAAAGCAUGCAAGAUUAACUAAAAAAGCAUGCCCUGAAGACUCCAUGUCAAUGGUUGUUGAAAGCUUUCAAAAUAAUGAACAUGUUCACUUGUUGUCCCCAGUUGAUGUGAACAGGUCUGGAAGGCUUGAGAAUAAUGCAGCACAAUACUCGGUUGAUAUCGAGUUAUCUUGCUUAGUUAGUUUCUUAACCUUUAGGCAGAAAAAGACGAUAUGUAAAGUUGUACAAGUUGAAACUGGAAUGUCUACGAAAAGACCUCUGGAUGAUGAAAUUGUUUUGGAGUUGGACCAAAUAGAGAAAGUAUCUGAUAUAGAAGAUAUCUUGGGUUACAGGUCUGCUGCUGAACAUGAGCUUCAGCAUGUUGCUGCAGAAGGCACAACCUUGGUUAAAGAGGCAGAAGAUGCUGCAAGUAAUAACAAGGCAGAAAAGAGAUUGCAAGCUGAUCCUGCUACAUGGCCAAUAAUGAUCUUUAGGGUCUGCUAG